CCGCCCCUCCCCGGGGCCGGCGCUCGCUCCGCGUCCCGCCCGGGUGGGUCGGGCCCUUGGGUCGGCGCCCUCUACCUGGGCCGCCUCCGACCCCCUGGGGGCGCGCAGGGAGGGGCUGUGAGCCUCGAGGCCCGCAAGCUUCGGGGGUUGCGGCGGGUCAGCGACGGGCGCGCGUUCGGCCCGCGCUUCCGCCGCUUUGCUGGGGAGGGCUCGAACUGACGCCGCGGAAAUUUUAGGAAGACGGAUUUUCAAAGCUAAUUAUGAAAACAUUUGUCAUUGGAAUCAGUGGUGUGACAAAUGGCGGGAAGACAACACUGGCUAAGAAUUUGCAGAAACACCUCCCAAACUGCAGUGUCAUAUCUCAGGAUGAUUUCUUUAAGCCAGAGUCUGAGAUAGAGACAGAUACAAAUGGAUUUCUGCAGUAUGACGUGCUUGAAGCACUUAACAUGGAAAAAAUGAUGUCCACCAUUUCCUGCUGGAUGGAAAGCUCAAGACACUCACUGGUAUCAACAGACUCUGGAAGCACCGAGGAAAUUCCCAUAUUAAUCAUCGAAGGCUUCCUUCUCUUUAAUUAUAAGCCCCUCGACACUCUGUGGAACCGAAGCUACUUUCUGACGAUUCCUUAUGAAGAAUGUAAGAGAAGGAGGAGUACAAGGGUCUACAAGCCUCCAGACGUCCCAGGGUACUUUGAUGGCCACGUGUGGCCCAUGUAUCUAAAGCACAAACAAGAAAUGGAGAACAUCACGUGGGAAAUUGUUUACCUAGAUGGAACAAAAUCAGAAGAGGAUCUCUUUUCGCAAGUGUAUGAAGAUCUAAUACAAGAACUAGCAAAGCAAAAGUGUUUGCAAGUAACAACAUAAAGAUGGAGUGCACUGAAUCCUUCCUGGGAUGAAUUAGGAAACUCAAAGGAGGAUAUUUAAGAACCUUAGCCAAGAUACAAUAAGUACUUUGGUAUGAUAACAGCUGUUGGUUCGUUUGUUUGUGUUAUCACACAUGGUUUCCCUAACAUGUGAACAGUAAAUCGUUAUCCACACCACCGGACAGGAAUUUACCUUAAUGAUUUGUUCCUGCUCCAAGGAGUACAGAGAGCUAGCAUAGCUCACAAUGAGUCAGUUCCUCUGGACCAGUGAUUGUCAAACUUCUCUAAGUGAGACCCAGAGUACGAAAUAAGAUUUACAUCACAAUCCAGUAUAUACGUAACCUAUUGUGCUUGUAUGUGGCUGUGUGUGUAUGUGGAUAUAUAUGUGUGUGAUGUGUGUAUAUAUACGCCUAUCAAGUAUCACAAAGCACUUAACCUUAGAUUCAAUGCACGCUGAUAUUUUUCUAUUUUUAUAAUAUUCAUUACCAUCUAAUAUCAGUGCCCAUUUCCUGCAAAUAAAGGCUUUAGCGGUCACAUUGAAUAAAUCAACAAUUUACUAGAGUGUCUUUUUUGUGUGUGGGUUUUUUUUUUUUUUUUAAGAUUUUAUUUACUUAUUUGACAGAGAGAGAGAGAGCAGGAACACAGCAGGGGGAGUGGGAGAGGGAGAAGCAGGCUUCCCGCAGAGCAGGGAGCCUGAUGCGGGGCUCAAUCCCAGGACCCUGGGAUAAUGACCUGAGCCGAAGGCAGAUGCUUAACUGACUGAGCCACCCAGGCUCCCCUUUGUGUGUGUGUGUUUGUUUUGUUAAAAAUUUUAUUUAUUUAUUUGAGAGAGAGAGAGAGACAGAGACAGAGAAACAGCAUGAGAGGGGAGAGGGUCAGAGGGAGAAGCAGUCUCCCGGCUCAGCCAGGAGCCCGAUGUGGGACUCGAUCCCAGGACUCCGGGAUCAUGACCUGAGCCGAAGGCAGUUGCUUAACCAACUGAGCCACCCAGGCGCCCCCUUUGUGUGUGUUUUGUUACUGUUUCUUACAUAUAUGUAAAACCACUGGAUCAUUGUGUCACUUGUGUUGAUACUUUGUUAAAAUAGGGAGUAUUUUUUGUGUUUUGUUGUUUCUGUCAAACCAAUGGUCUAAAGUCACAGAAAUCAGUUAUGGUUACUUAAAUGAUAAGUAGUACCUUUCACUGAAAGGAACAGACAGGACCUCUGAAUUGUGUAAUUUUUUGAGGCCUCUUUCAAUGCUGGAAUUUAAAUUAUCUGCUGUACUGAUCAACCUCUUGUUUUUGUAACAGAUUGCUCCCAAUCCUCUCAAUCUUUACAAAUAUAAAUACAUUAUUACCUUAACUUUAA